CGACAAACCCGAAGCGAGACGUCCGGUGCUGGCCCCAACAAUCAGCGCGAACGAUGUGUCGGCUUUGCUGAGUAUAAGCGCCUCACCGUCUUCAGACUACGAGCGGGUACGGAUCGGGAAGUGCCCACCGACGCCGCGCUCUAGUCGACCCCGUGAAAGUAUCAAGCUCACGGAGAGGGAGAUGCAGACGCUGAGCUCGGACGAAAUACGAAAGUGGAAGAACGCCAUCGCUGCUCAGCGCGCGCGGGACCACAAGGAGCAGCGGACCAGGGAUCUGGAGGACAUGGUGCGAGAGCUCUGGAAGCGGGUGCAAUAUUUGCAGUCUGUCAUCCAAGCUCUGCACCCCAACGAGGCGCUGGACGACCUGUACAGCCAGUACGAGCCCUACGCGGUCUCGAAGACCAUUAAACCAUUGUUUCGUCGAGCUGAAGACGAGGAGGGCGAGCAGUCACCACCAAAGACUAACAUGAAGGAGUUGGCCUGGCUGCUAGUAGGGCGCUCAAACAACGAUCAGAACCGAUAAGCGUUGAUGACACGGUCGCGCUAUUAACGAAUAAUGCGC